AUGUCUGUUGCUCUUUGCCAAAGUGAGCUCACUAACCGUACAUGUAUUCUCUACGAAGUUCUCGACAAAAAAUCAAUUAAAGAGUCUUUCGACAAUUUUUGUAGGAAAGUUGGAAAUGACGUCAUGGGAUUUGCUGAUUUUGAAUUCUGGUUCUAUCGAUUUAAGAACGGAAAUCAUGACUUGAACUACAAUAGAAUGUGAUUUUUUGAAUAUUUUUGAGGGGAAAUAAUACACAAGUACCAAAUUCGAAUAUCGGCAAAAUGAUAUAGGAUGUGAGGUUACCUACUUUGCCAAAAACGGCGAGGACUUCGAAAAACAAACAUUUGUGCCUGGCGGGAACUACGUAAAGCUAUGCAACAAGGAUCUUAAGUUGAUGGUGGAAAGUGGAAAGGCUCAGAUGGAAUCAUUCCGGAUUGACAAUAAUGGAAUUCAGAAAAAAUCCCGCACAAAGUUCAUUGCCGGUGUUGGGAAAUCUCUUAGAUCGGCGAAGAACUUGACAUCAAAAACUGUGCAAACCCAAUUCGUUGCAUAUCCAGAACUUGCCCAACUGUUGCCCAUUUUCCCUGCGGAAAGACUGAAAAAACUUAUACUGAAUGGAUUGGACGGUCAAGAAUACAAACAGCUAAUUGAUUUGGACCAAUGGAAACAAGCUAGAAUAUUUCAUGGAUAUGCUGAGAAUUUAAUUAUUCCAAUUGAAAAAUUCUUUCACUUUGAGAGGUUUGAUGUUCAUCUCGCAAGAUUCACAGAAGCAGAUGCACUGAGGCUUCGUGCGAUGAUCGAUAGAUCUGCUCACUUUGGUUUUGCUGGAAUUUGCUGUAAUUAUAUGAACAACAGUGCACUGAAAAGAAUUUUCAAUGUUGAGCACGAAAACUUUUAUCAAACUCCAGACGAAAGAAGUUUCGAUGUGCAAUGUCGUCCUGGUGAGAUCUCCAUCACAAAAUUUGGCUACACUGUCGAAUAA